AUGGAUUUCACGACGAACGAUCAGCAUCAGCCGGAGCAAGCAACAGAAGAUGACACGGGCAUUGGCCGCCGGUACGAGUGCACAUACUGCAAGCGAGGAUUUGACAAUGCACAAGCCUUGGGAGGCCACAUGAACAUACACAGGAGGGAUCGAGCCAGGAACAAGCAGCCCCAAUACUACUGCACAUCUUCUGUUGAUGUUAACAAGCCCAGUGAGGACCACAUGCUUUCCAAUUACAAUGCACCUCUGGAGGCACAGAAGGGUACAAAUUAUCACACUAUGUACCAUCCUCCCUCCGGUUCCAAUAUCUAUUCUAGACGCCCCAUAAGCACGGUGAACUCGCAGCUUUUUGGUCGCAACGACAAGGGUUUGGGAUCAAAUUUGAGUUUGAGGAUCGGUCCAAAUGCCGAUGACUAUAGGGUGAUGAACACGGAAUAUGGGAAAGAUGAAGAUCAAGUAGAUUUGGAGCUUCGACUCGGUUACGACCCUUAA